AUGCCUAAGUAUUAUCGGUUCAGAGCCACGUCCCCUACGAGGAGACCGAAGAGGUGCCGAGAUAAGGAAAGAGAAAGAGAAGCAGAAAAAUUUAAUGUGAAUACGGAGUUGAACAACUGGCUCGAUGUAACCUUGGCUUGCCAGCCGGCACCAAACUGGUACAUGAGACGGACAGCUUGGCGCGAGAGUCCGCCCCUGAUGGGCGUUCCAAGACAACUAGCAGCCGGACUCAGGGCUUCAGUGCAGCUGACCAAUAGACCGAUAUUCAUUUUCAAAAUCCCUUCAGUGCGAUCUCAGGAUUGGCUAAGUCUUUUGUAAUGUUCGAUUU